AUGGUAUCACAGUCACUCAUCGACCUCUUCGGAGAUCAUCUUGUUGUUGACGACGGACGCAUGGUGGAAACAGCGUCUGCCCUGGAAGGUUGCACAGCAGUUGGGAUUUACUUCUCGGCUCACUGGUGCCCACCUUGCCGACGAUUUACUCCCGAAUUGGCGCGUAACUAUACCGAGCACUACGUCAAGAAGGGUCUUAAGAUCGUCUUUGUUUCCUCUGACCGGUCCGAAGCGGCAUUCAAUGAGUACUUCAGUGAGAUGCCGUGGUUGGCAUUGCCUUUCAACGAACGUGGUAUGAGAGAUAAGCUAUCGAAAAGGUUCAAAGUGUCGGGCAUUCCUAUGCUCGUCCUUGUCAAUCCGGAGGGUCAGACAAUCACCACUGACGGUCGUGGUGCUGUCGCUGACGACCCAACAGGAGAGGACCUUCCUUGGAUUCCAAAGCCGAUCACUGAACUACUCCCAAGGAACUUCAUCGAUAACGACGGCAAGGAAAUCGAUAGAGAAAGUCUGGCAGG